UCAACACAGACAGGAAAGAAUUGAAGCAAAUACACACACAGCCAAAUAGCAAGUGUGAAUUUGCAGAAUGUCUCCACUUUUCCGACUUCACUGGCAUGUGCUGCUUAUCUUUCUGGCCGCUCUUAAGGGACACUGCAGGUACAUACAGGUGAGAGAUGCAACAGAAGACGCCCUAGUGCUUUUGAACACGGAAAUCAAGAGAGAGUUAUCUGAAGAACAGAUGUAUAGAAGGUCACUCAGAUGUAUUGAUAUGCUCAGUAUAGAUGGACAAUUCACUUUCAAAGCCGAACAACCUCAGCUCCACUGUGCUCUGUUCCUCAUUGGAGACCCAGAGGAGUUUAUUACCAUAGAAUAUAACUUUGUAAAUAUAGACUGCCUGGGAGGAGACAUCCUAAAGGUUUUCGAUGGCUGGAUAAUUAAAGGAGAGAAGUUUCCAAGCUCUUUCGAUCACCCCCUCUCCACCAGUGAACGGUACACUGACAUUUGUGAAGACGGUAACAUGCAGAGUAUCACACAGUCAUCUCAAAAUGUAGCAAUGAUAUUCUUCAGAGUCCACAAACCAGGCCACGGCUUCACACUCACAAUCCGCAAGACCCCUAAUCUGUUCCCCUGCAAUGUGAUUUCACAGUCACCUAGUGGGAAGUUUACUAUGAUCAUUCCCCAUCAACAUAGGAACUGCAGUUUUUCUAUAAUAUACCCUAUUGUGAUCAAAAUAUCGGACCUAACGCUGGGCCACUUCAAUGAGCUACAGCUAAAGAAACCACCACCAAAAGGAUGUGGCGGAGCUGGAGACUUUGUGGAGCUCUUAGGAGGUACCGGGUUAGAUACAUCCAACAUGUUCCCUUUGGCUGAUCUCUGUCACUCAUUUCAUGGCUCUGCUCAAAUGAAGAUCGGCUGUGACAACAGUGUUGUGCGGAUGGUGUCAAGUGGUAAAUUUAUUAAUAGGGUAACAUUCGAGUAUAGUCAACUCGACAGGCAACUGGAAAGACAGCAAGGCAACAGUGUGGAAGAAGUCUGCUCACCACUCCAUUGAUCUGGGGGCUUAUUUUUUAAGUAAAAAUGUUAUUUUACAAUAAAUUAAUUAUUCAUGAACUAUUCAUUUAAAAUAUUGUUUCACUUUCUGCUGUUUCCAAACCAGGGUUCAAAAUAUAAUGUGUAUAAAUGUAUAGCUUAUUUUUAUAUACAUAUCCCCACUUCUAUAUGAAUCAAGAUGGUAAUAUUAGAAAACCAUUGAAUAAUUGUUGUGUUUAUCUCCUGUCAUAAAACCCUCCCAAGGGCCAUGACAAAAUCAUUUCAUGAGGUCAAAUAAACUGGGAGGACUACAACAGUUUUUUUUCUCUCUCUCUCUCUAAUGUUAGGGCAAGAAAAUAAAAUGCCUGAACACAGUAGAUGGUGUACAAUAUAUAUCUACAAUGUGCUUUAUGAA